AUGAUCAAAACGGGCUAUGAAACUGAUAUUAUUGUUCACGGUGUGUUAUUAAAUGGCCUUUGCAAAAAUGGGCUGAUGAUUGAUGCUCUUAAGUUCUUCUUUCAAGCUGUGUAUGGGGGAGUUAAGCCCAAUGUCUGUACUUUCAACAUGUUAAUAGAUGGUUGCUGCAGAUUGAAACAAUUGAGCGAUGCUGUGAAGGUGUACAUUCAAAUGGGAAUUUAUAACAUAAAACCAGAUCUGGUGAUGUAUACCGUGCUUAUUAAGGAAGACGCUGCGCAGGAAGUCUUUGAGCAGCUUGCUGAAAGUGGUCCGGAACCUGAUAUUGUUACAUUCAACACAGUGAUUUGUGGUAAAAUGGAAGAUGCAAUGUUGAUGAUCAAUACAAUGCUGGAAAAGGGUCCUGAACCUAAUGUGGUCGCAUAUAGUUGUCUGAUUGACGGUUAUUUCAAGUCUGAAAACACGAAAGGUGCCCUUGAACUACUCGAAGAGAUGCUUAAAAGCGUCUCUCCGAAUAUAGUCAGUUAA